AUGUUACUAUUAUUACUGUUUGCUGCGACUGUUCAUGGUUGUCAGUUGGGAUGCGAGUGUUCGUCAAGCGUUGCCGUAUGUCAUGGCCAGUCUCUACGAAGUGUUCCUAUUCUGCUCGAUCCACGAACAAAACGACUUGAUCUCUCGCAUAACAGAAUCACCAGACUGACAGGCGAUGAACUCAGUCUUUAUCCGAGCUUGGAGUACCUUUCACUGGGGAACAACUCGCUGACCCACAUCGCACCCGAAGCCUUCUCCUCACUUGUCCAACUCAGACAUCUUGACCUAUCGAAUAAUGACUUAUUAGCUGUGCCUAGGAACGUCUUCAGCAAGCUCAAAAAUCUCGAGACGCUGAUCCUCUCCAACAACGAGCUGCAGCUCUCGCCCGACUGCUUCGCCGGACUGGCCUCACUCCGGGAUCUAACCCUUUCAUCGAACCGACUCACGUACCUACCGCCCUCGGUGUUCAGAAGCCUGAACUCUUUGCGCACACUCAACCUGGCUGGCAAUAAACUCCUCACGUUGCCGGCGUCGCUGCUCUCCACUGUUCCGCAACUUCGACACCUCGACGCUAGUCAUAACUUGCUGUCCGACCUAGAAGCAGGCCAGUUCUCUGCAUUGCGCGACCUGGAAACGCUGAACAUCGCCGACAACCUCAUCAGCGACAUCUCAGAUGGUGCGUUUUUUGGGAUGGACAACCUAACACUGCUCAACAUGACAAACAACCAGCUGGUGCGACUGCCCGGCAACACUUGGCCUCUUCCAUCACUUCGUUCACUGGAUUUAUCCGGAAAUCCCUUUGUCGCGUUGGAAACGGCCUCCUUCGAUACACUCCCCUCGUUGCAGUUCCUUAAUUUGUCAAACUGUCGGAACUUGAAGACCAUUCAUAUGGCUGCGUUCGUGUCGCUGUCGUCGCUGCAGACAUUGGACCUCUCGAACUGCGCUCUGAAUCACAUCGCUCCAACCGCAUUUCAGCCUUUCCCACCGCUCGCUCAGCUGUCUCUGGCGGGGAAUCGCCUGGAGACAGUCCCUGCAUCGAUGCAGCUCUCCUCGGUAGCCACCGUGGAUCUCGCUAACAACCCUUGGGAUUGCUCUUGCGAACUUCGUGCCCUCAAGCUGUCCUCAACUGCACUCUGCGUCUCGCCUGACUCGCUUGCUGGUGUGCCGCUCAAUGAACUCACCGCCUGCUCAGUUCUGCAUGGAAUGAUACUUCCUCUGAUGCUUAGUGUCAUAGUGCUGUUCCUCAUCCUCAUCCUAGUCUCCAUUUUACUUAUGAAAAAGCCGAAACCUCAUCGUUCCUCCCUCUAUCAUCAUCAAACACUUAUCAACGCCCUUUCACAGAAGGAAUACGGCUUCCACCAUGCUCCCAGUACCUACUGCAUCAGCGACGAAUCCCAGGAUUCCGCCUACGAAAGUCCCACAUCAGCUUUUUUGCCCAGACAAAAAGCUCCUCCACGACCACCUCCGACGCGUCUUCCAUCCGUAACAGCUGCAGAUGAAAAUUAUCGAAUUCUUAGCAAUUAUACUGUACCAAUGACACAUCUGUAA